AUGUGCAAUGGUCUCAGUUACGAUAGUGUUCAGAAGGUGAUUGAAGUGAAGGAAACAAUGGACAAAUUACAAGAAUUAAACUCAAAACACGAGGAAUUACCUCUUAUUAAAGGACUUCUAUAUUAUCAUGUGUUCUCUCCAAAUUGGUUUCUUAAACAGCUUCUCAAACGCCUUUGUGGAACAAAAUUAAAAGAACUAAUUAGUGGAGCUAGUUACAAAAAAUCGCUUGCUAGUCUUCAGAAGUACACAAAGGACACUAUGGAGUGGUAUUUCGCUAUGGCCAAGUUUGUAGGUGCAGAAGGAUGAUAUAACAACAGGCCGCGUUGAGAAUUAUUUUUUCAGUGUUAGGAUCUAUUUCUUCAACUUGAUCCAACGUUGCCUGGAAGGGGUUAUAAAUUAAAACCUUUAAAAAAUUAAUAAAAUUUUCUUUGACUUUUAAUUUG